AUGGAUGGGUCAAUCGGGUUUAACUUGGCUCCAACAAGUUGUUUCCCUACUCAUAUAAAAGCGGGAACUGCAAGGAACUGGCUAACUUUAAUAGCUAAUGUUUCCAGACAGUUGCAUUUGCGUGAAAUGCAGGUCCAGGUAUCUUGGGCAAAUGAUCCUUCUCCUCACUGGAGGGAAGGAGUUGCCAUUUCUUCUGAGGAGCGGCCCUUAUCCAAGUUGCUGCGUGCUGAAGUACCUCUCAGGAGACAUGGCAGACGCAUUAAACAGAGCGUGGGUAUAGUGAGUCCGAGAAAUGGGUUAGACACGCCUCACAAAGGCAGGGAAAUCGUUGCCUAUGAUGAUCUUCUCUAG